UUUCAUGUAGGCCAAGUUCUGCACCUUCUUUUUAUUCGAUUUUUGAGUAAAAAUACAUUUCUUCGUGAUUCUCCUUGUACUGUAUUGAAGAUAAUGUCCACCCACACGUAUCUCCUAUUAUUAGUUUUUUAUCAGCUUGAAACAACUGUUAACAUUUAAAUUUGACUUUACACUGUUUGCUGCCUGCCUGUGUGGGUUUGCAGUAUUUUCUCUCAGUGGGGGAGGGGUCUCCGCCGUGCGUCUGACGUCAGCGCGUAAAGCCCCGAACCCGAGCCUGAAGCUGUAAACAAUAAAACCCAACCCGUCCGUCAUCCAUGCGCUAAACAUGCAUCUGUCCGCGGUGUCGGUGUCCUUAUCGGUGCUGUUGUGCCUGAUCUGCGGCGGAUCCGCGCGAGGUUACCAUGGCAACCCGUUAAACAAGUACAUCCGUCACUACGAGGGUCUGUCGUACGACACCGAUGUUGUUCACGAGAACCAUCAGAGAGCCAAGAGAGCGCUGUCCCAUCACGAGAGCUUCUUGCACCUGCAGUUUCACGCUCACGGCAGACAUUUCAACCUCCGAAUGAAGAGAGACACGCGCUUGUUUUCAGAGGACUUUAAGCUGGAGAUGUCUGGACAGGAGAUGAACUACGACACCUCUCACAUCUACACUGGAGAAAUCUACGGUGAAGCGGGCACCGUGACUCACGGUUCUGUGGUGGACGGGAGAUUCGAUGGCUUCGUUCAGACUCAUCAGGGGAUGUAUUACGUGGAACCAGCCGAGAGAUACCUGGAGGACAAGAACGUUCCCUUCCACUCGGUCAUCUACCACGAGGACGACAUCUAUUAUCCUCACAAAUACGGACCGGAAGGCGGCUGUGCGGAUUCGUCUGUGUUUGAGCGAAUGAAGAAGUAUCAAGCAUCGCCCGCCAAGGAGCCAGCGAAGGAGGUGAAUGUGGAGAUAAACGAUGGCGUUCUGCUGAGGAAGAAGAGGAUGACACAGGUAGAGAAGAACACGUGUCAGCUCUUCAUUCAGACCGAUCAUCUCUUCUACAAAUACUACAAGACGCGAGAGGCCGUCAUCGCUCAGAUCUCCAAUCACGUGAAGGCCAUCGAUGCCAUCUACCAGGGCACAGAUUUCAUGGGCAUCCGCAAUAUCAGCUUCAUGGUCAAGAGAAUACGGAUAAACACAACCAAUGACGAGCGAGACCGUUCCAAUCCGUUCCGCUUCGCCAAUAUCGGUGUGGAGAAGUUUCUGGAACUGAACUCCGAACAGAAUCAUGAUGAUUACUGUCUGGCCUACGUCUUCACAGACAGAGACUUUGAUGAUGGGGUGUUGGGUCUGGCCUGGGUCGGAGCACCAGCAGGCAGUUCUGGUGGAAUCUGCGAGAAGAGUAAAUUAUAUUCUGAUGGCAAGAAGAAAUCUUUGAAUACUGGAAUCAUCACGGUACAGAACUACGCCUCUCACGUGCCUCCUAAAGUCUCUCACAUAACAUUCGCUCAUGAGGUCGGACACAACUUUGGGUCGCCGCAUGACUCUGGGUCCGAGUGCACCCCGGGCGAGUCGAAAAGCCAGGACAAGAAAGAGAGAGGGAAUUACAUCAUGUACGCCAGAGCGACAUCUGGAGACAAACUAAACAACAACAAGUUCUCGGUGUGCAGCAUCAAAAACAUCAGCAUGGUGCUGGAGAAGAAGCGUGGAAGCUGUUUUGUGGAAUCCGGACAGCCGAUCUGUGGAAACGGUCUGGUGGAGCCCGGCGAGGAAUGCGACUGCGGCUACAGCGAUCAGUGCAAAGACGACUGCUGCUAUGACGCCAAUCAGCCAGAUAACAAGAAAUGCAAACUGAAACCCAACAGAGUGUGCAGCCCCAGUCAGGGUCCCUGCUGUACGCCCGAAUGUACCUACAAGAGCCGCAACGAGAAGUGUCGAGAGGAAUCUGAGUGCGCUCAUCAGGGCAUGUGUAACGGAGCCACCGCUCAGUGUCCCACCUCUGAACCCAAAGCCAACUUCACCGCCUGUCACGGAGAGACGCAAGUCUGUCUCAACGGGGUGUGCUCGGGAUCCAUCUGCGAGAAGUACGGUCUGGAGGUGUGCACCUGCGCCAGCGUGGACGGCAAAGACGAGACGGAACUCUGUCACGUCUGCUGCAUGGAGAAAAUGAACCCGAGCACGUGCAGCAGUACGGGCUCCGAGCGUCUCGCCCGCUUCUUUAAUAAGAAAGUGACGACGCUGCAGGCCGGCUCGCCCUGUAAUGACUUCAAAGGUUAUUGUGACGUGUUCAUGAAGUGUCGUCUGGUAGACGCUGACGGUCCUCUGGCACGACUCAAGAAAGCCAUCUUUAACCCCGAGCUCUACGAGAACAUCGCCGAGUGGAUAGUGGCUCAUUGGUGGGCAGUUUUACUCAUGGGCAUCGCUCUCAUCAUGCUUAUGGCGGGAUUUAUCAAAAUCUGCAGCGUUCACACACCGAGCAGCAACCCCAAGCUACCCCCUCCAAAACCCCUGCCAGGUACCCUGAAGAGACGACGAGCUCAACAAGCCAACCAACAGCAACAUCCUCAGCACCAGAAUCAGCUUCCUCACGCCCAUCAAAACCAGCGGCAGGCUCCACGUCAGGCCCAGCGCCAGCCGCAGCCGCAGCGUCACCACCGUCAGCCCCGAGAGAACUACCAGAUGGGUCAGAUGAGACGCUGAGACCGCCGUAUCCCCCGCCCCACAGUGCCUGCCAUCCGUGGUACUGCAGUCGCCCGAAGCCUCUGAUCCACAGUCACACUGAAGAAACUCAUCUGAUCUCCAACGCAACACUUCAGGACUUUCUCUCAACUCUUACAGCCUGCAUUUAGUUUUAACACUCUUUAGUUCUCUGGCGGUUGUAGAUUCUGUCAGUGUGACCGUGGAGCGGUGGGCUUUUCUCCAAAGAAUCGAACCCAACCGCCCGCAACCGCCCACCACCACGUCCACCCGCAGCAGCACUUCUGAUCUUCACACUGCAAGAUAAAGAUGUUUCAUCACGCAGACGCGCUGGAACGGUUUACAGGAAUAUAUCCAGUGUUCACAAUGCUUCCACCCCUCACACGUCCGGCGUUUUCUCUUUGGAGUGAACAUGAACUUCACCCAUCGCACACGACUCCCGGCUCGCGCUGGGAAACGCAGAACAAGUUGUGUUUUUAUUCCGUCUUUUUCUUUCGGUUUCUCGCCCCUCCCUGACUGAGUACUCGAGUGCCGAAGUUUAUUUGUAGAUAGAGCGUCUCCCGUAAUGUCUCCGAGUUCGUCUGCUCGUUUCUUUUUCAGACUCUUGGAAAUCCGUUUUAAGCAGGACCGCGCGGCGCUUCGCUCAGAUCACCGGAAAAGGACUUUUAUUUUGUACAACUGGAAACGUCAAGCCUUCCCUUUUCCAGCGCGCGGAAGCCGACGCGUCUGUACAGAUUCGCCGCUGUAUAGAGAAACCAUAUUAGUUGUAUUAUACGCGAGAACAAAUUAUUUCUUCUACUGUCGAUAAAGAGAUUUUACUGUUGCAGUUUUGUUGAAAACACUCAGGACUCGAACGCUGAAGGCGACGGAGGAGAAACGGAUCACUCGUGAGCUGUUCUUCGCCGUUCCACGGGACAGAUUUUACCGUUUACAUUCUUCAUUUCGUGCAUAUGUUUGUUGACAUGUUUACAAUGUUUUGUUGUUGUGUAUAGCCAGAUGCCAUCAGAAGACAAGCACACACACAUUGUAUGUUUUUUAUGUUUAUGAAGGGUACUUCCAACAGAGCGGCAGGUACAGAUUUAUAAAUAAUAAUAUGUGGAUUGAAGUGUACUAGCCGUAGUGAAGCUUGAACGAGAUGAAGUGUUUGUGAGGUUUCGCUCUCUGCUGCAGCACAUCACAAAAAACACGAUGAAAGGAAUAUAGCAGAAGAUUCCUGUCAGACUCAGUCUUCAUUCAUCAUGAUCCACGAACACCUCGGGACUCGUUGAGUUCUCGGUUCUGCUCCUGGAGAUUCACAGUCGCUCGAGUGCUGAACUGAGGACGGUGGCCCGCCAGGAGCACCACUGAAAACUUCACGGUCACAUUAGUGUAAGCGAGGCUGUGAUGUUUCUUCAGCCUCUGAAACAUUUGUUUUUCAUUGUCCCUCGUAAAAGCGUCCCGUCUGAGGUGGUAAAACGCCAUUGAUUUCUGCAUGUUCUCACAUGGUUUUUUUUCAGAAGCAGCUCGGACAAACGACUGACACGUUUGAUUUCCAUCCGUCCAGACGGUCCUCUUCUCUUGUAAACUUGUGUACAGUAUCUGGAGUAUUUCUGUUAUAUUUGAAGAGAAAUUUUGAUACUUUUCCGUUCGCCUCUAGAAAUGAGUUUUGUCGGACCACACCGAGAGACAUUUCCUCUGAGAUCUAGAAACUUCUUCACACGGUUUGUCAGGUGCACAUGAAGGUUUUUGUUUUUCCAUACUGCCAUUUAUGACAAAGGAACGUGGGCGGAAACGAGGCGUUCGAUGUUUUUUCUGUGGUCUGGACUGAAUAGAGGAGAUUGAAUAUUUGCUUGUAUUUGACUUUUAUCAUUUUUUUUCAUAGUCUUGGUGAAACAUUAUAGAGGAACGUGCACUGAAAACGUCUUAACUGAGUCGAAAUGUUGUUAGGUGAAAAUAGGCUGAUCACUAAAGUUUAAAACGAAUGAAAAAAAAACAUAAGAAGAUGAUUAAUUCUGUCUGUAAAUGUUCACUGUGUUUUAUACAGUAACUUCAUUUUUGUUCACUUUGAACAUUUUUACGUAACAUUUCAAACCGUAUUGUGCAAAGAGAUGUAAUUUUUUUGGAGUACUUGAAAUGCAUUAAUAAAAAGACUCGGUUGAUCUCUGA